AUGAAUAAGUUAAAAAAUAAAAUUAUAAUAGUUCUUUUUAUGUAUAGUAUAUCUACUACCUCUAUUGUUUAUCAAAAUUAUAUAUUUAUUGCAAAUUUAUUUAAAAAAUUUAGAGCAUAUGAAUGGCUUUGUAAAAAUGAAAAAGGAAAUAGUGAUGAUGAUUUUUUUUUAUGUUAUGAGCAGGAAAAUUCUAUUCAGUUUUUAUUAACAACAGGAUUCAUCAUUCAAUUUAUAUCAGGUUCUAUUGGUAGUGUAUUAAUUAAAAUAACUUCAAAAAAAUAUAUAGCAAAAAUAGGUUUUUUUUUCAUGCUUAUUGGAUGGAUAUUAUUAUGUGUAUCGUUAUAUUAUACAAAAUAUUAUAUUGAAAAUAAAAUAGAAAAUAAUUUUGAAAUAAUUUCGUUAUUUUUUAAACUCUCUUUUAUUUGUCUCGGUAUAGGAUCUGAUAACACUUACUUACCAAUUAUUUAUUAUAUUAAUGAGAAAUACCCAGUUAAGGAUGAUAUAAUUAAAUCAAAUAGGUUAAAUGAUAAAUUUAAUAAAUUGAAGAAUUUGCUGAGAAAUAAAAACUAUAUAUUAAUUAGUACCAUGUCUUCUCUCGCUGUUUUAAGUUUAUUUGUUGGUAAUGUGAUAAAUGUCACAUUAUAUUAUUUUGAUUUUCAAAGCAAUAUUAUUAUUGUUAUACUAAUUUAUAUUUCAUUAUGUAUUGUUCCUUCAUUUUUCAUAACUAAUUUUCUUGAAUAUAAAGAAGAUUUUUAUGAAGAAUAUGUAGAUAUUAUUAAAAAUGAACAUAAGUAUGAAGAAAAAAAUGACAAGAUUUUAAACAAUGUAGAUUUAUAUAAGUCUGGCAACGAAGCUUCCUAUAUAAAAAAAAAAGAUUACGAAAAAAAUUAUUAUAAUAAUAGUCCUAAAUAUAAUUCUGAUAAUGAUUAUGAAGAAAACUUUGAUGAAAUUUAUGAAGAUAAUCCCUACAAAAAUAAGGAAGAAAACAAUGAUAAUAAAAUUUGUUUCAAAAAGAAUAAUCAUAUGGUUACCAAUGAAAGUAAUCCAAAAAUUAAUAAUGAUAUUGUAAUUUAUUUAAAUAAUAUGAAGAACGAAGACAAAAAUAAUGAGAUAUAUGAAUAUAAAAAUGAAAUGAUAAAUAAAAAUAAAGAAAAAAACAGCACCAUGUUAAUUAGUAGAAGAGAAAAUAUUUUUUUAAAAAAUAUAAAUUUUACUCUUUUGAAGAAACAUGUGCUUUCUUCACUUUACAUAUUUAUUAUCAUAGAAUUUUUUAUAGUUACCUUUAGUAUUUGUUUUUUUAUGUUUUCUUUAUUUGAUAUAUAUGAAAAAAAUGCCUUUGGGAACACAUUAAAUAUUUAUUCCUACUUUUUACCAUCAAGUUUUAUUGUUACAUUAAUAUUUGGUAUUGUAGCUGAUAUUAUAGGCAUUUAUAAUUUUAUCAGUUUUAAUUUAAUAUUAGGAAUUUCUCUAUUUAUUUCCAUAUUAAUUUAUUAUAAUACAUAUAAUGUACUGAUUGGCUAUAUAUCAUUAAUUAUUUAUUUUUUUCAUCAAAGCUUUUACGCAAAUCACAUGUAUAUGUAUAUGUCUACUAUAUUCAGAGAUAAUAAUUUUUCAAUUUUAAUUGGAAUUAUAAAUUUCUUUGCAUGUUUUGGAUUUUACUUGUCUUAUAAAAUUAAUGAAUAUGUUAAAUAUAAAAAAGAAAGUGUUCAUUUAACAAUAAUAACAAAAAUUAUGAUUUCUUCAUAUGUUCUAAUUUUUUUCUUUUAUAUAAUAUAUAUUAAAAGAAAAAUUUGUCAUAAAUUAAUUAAUAUUUAA